CUUCACCUCACAACUCGCAAAUACCUAAACACACAGCUCUUCUCAAUCUUCAUACACACACACACUCAAUCUCUUCACUCUCAACAAUCAUCAACAUGAAGUACUCCAUUGUCUUUGUCGGUGCUCUCGCCGCCCUCGCGUCUGCACAGUCCGUGUCCGAUCUCACUGCUUGUGGUCAACAAUGCGUGAAGAGCAUGCUCGCCCAGGCCGCCACCCUUGGCUGCUCUAACACUGAUGCCGCCUGCCUCUGCAACAAGAGCGACUUCGCCUACGGUAUCCGUGACUGCGCCAAUGAGGCCUGCGGCUCUGACGCCCCUAAGAUCAUCGCCUACGGCACCGCCUUCUGCAAGGGCCAGAACGGCGGCUCUGACAGCGGUGCUUCCACCUCGGGCUCGGGCUCCGGCGCCGGAGCCGGUGCUGGCUCUGCCACCGGAACUGCCGCCUCUUCUUCCGCAUCCGCCACUGACGGUGCUGGUGGUGCCGGCGGCGCUGUUGGAGGUGGCGCAGGUGCCAGCGGCUCCGGUGCUGAGGGCGGCCCAGUCCCAAUCACCACCUCGGCUGUUGUCUCCGACUCCAAGACUGUCGGCUCCACCACCAUCUACUCCUCUGACGCCAGCGCGACCCCGGUCUCCACCGUCACCUCUGACGGAAAGGCCGUCACCACCCUCUUCGGCGCCGCCGGAGGUGCCAACGGUGGUUCCGGCAGCGGAGCUGGUGGCGAUGUGAGCACUGUCACCAGCGGCUCCUCCACCUUUGUUACCACUGUCUCCUCUGGAUCUGGAUCCGCCUCCACCGGUGGUUCUGACUCCGGCAACGGCGGUGCUGCUGGUGGUGCUGGCUCCAGCUCCUCCACCGGCGGCUCCGGCUCCGGCUCUGGAACCUCCACCUCCUCUGCUGGAGGUGCCAGACAGACUGCCGCUGCUGCCGGUGUCAUGGCCGUUGCUGGUCUUGCCGCCUUCGUGUUGUAAGCAUCCACUUACCUCACCUAAUCUUGUAUGAAUGGAGUAGAGACGGGGGAGUAAUAUAUGUGGGGUUGCGGGUGGUGGUGUGCGAUACCCUUCUAGCCUACGAGGUGGCGGUCGUUGAAAAAUACAUACAUACAUCUUCUCGACAUUCUUUACCGGGUCGGAGCAGGGUGCUGCGAGCGACGAGUGCCUGUGAGGAUAGGUGAAUGCCGUCCAUGAUCACUGACGGAGCGCCCAAAGGAUCGUAUGCCCUAUCACGUCUGUAUGAGGGGUUAAUAAGUAAUGAGGCGAUCGAUUGCGGAAGAAAAUGGUCUUUGCGUAGAUGCAUCAUGGCUCCGGGGGGAGAAUUAAUAAGGCGGAUUGUGUUUAUGAACGGGACGAAGAUUCCGAGAUACAGUAUACAAAGAAAUGGAUUACUGGAC